AUGGGUGUUUUAAACUCUCAAGAUAAAGAUAUAAUAAAAAGAGCGUUACCGAAAUCCUCUAAUAAAAUUAUAGACAUAACGGUGGCAAGAUUAUACAUUGCAUACCCUGACAAAAGUGAAUGGAAAUAUACUGGUCUAUCAGGAGCAAUCGCUUUAGUAGAUGAUACUGUGGGAAACACUUUUUUCUUAAAAUUAGUCGACAUUAAUGGUCAUAGAGGUGUCCUUUGGGAUCAAGAAUUAUAUGUCAAUUUUGAAUAUUACCAAGAUAGAACUUUUUUCCAUACUUUUGAAUUGGAAGAAUGCUUUGCUGGACUUCUCUUUGUGGAUAUACAUGAAGCUGCACAUUUCUUGAAAAGAGUACAAAAACGUGAGAAAUAUGCUUCAAGAAAAACUUUAAUGAACAAGAAUGCAAUUGCUUUGACUAAGAAAAUAAAAAAGGAACAAGCAUCAACUGUAGUUCAUGGCCCCAGAGGUGAAGCUUUGAUAGGUAACCAGAGACAAAGGUAUCAAUACCAGGAAGCGGAACCAAUUCCAAUAACAAAAAAUAAAGCUCCACCCCCUCCUCCGCCAAGUGCACCAACUCCAGGAGAAAGUGAUAUAGAACAGGACGAAGAAGAAGAGAUGUACACAGCACCAACAUCCGAGUGGAAUUCAGGACCUACAACAAAUGAGAGUACUCCAGCCGCGGUAGCGCCUGAAACUACUGCUCAUCCAAAGCAUAAAGUACCACCAUUACCUGAACAAUUUGCUCAUCCACAGGGCCAAGCACCUUCACCGCCAGCUCCUGGAGGAUCGAAUAAUCCAUUCCCAUUUCCUGUUCCAGCUGGUGCCCCUCAACUUAGUGCUGGCUCUACACCAUUCCCAAUUCCAAUUCCUCAACCAUCAGUUGGCUUCUUCAACCAACAGUCUCCACCUCCACCUCCUAUGAAUAAUUCAUUCUAUAAUCAACAACAGCAACAGCAUAGACCUGUACCACAACCUCCUAGUCAAAAUGGGUUCCAAAAUGCAUCUCGUCCAAUGCCACUUCCGCCUAGACAAACAGGAUUUAAUCACAGUGGACCACCCGCACCACCUCCCAGACGUGGACCAGCUCCUCCUCCUCCUCCACAUAGACAUACUACAACAACUUUCCAAGGGGGUAUUGCAAAUCCUAUCGCUCCAAAUUAUACAGCCAGUGUUAAGAUGAAUGCCAAUGGAGCAAGGAUUGUACCUCCACCUCCGCCAGCAAGAAGAGGACCAGCACCUCCACCACCACCAAGGGCUUCAAGAAUCCCACAGCAGCAAGGCCAAUCACCUCAACUGCAAAUGGGAUACCAACUCCCAUUCCAAAAUCAAAAUACAAACUAUACUAACGCUAAUGCAAAUGCAAAUGUAAAUAUGGGUAUUCCGCCAUUAUCUCCACCAGUACAACAACAAGCAUAUCAGUCAAACGUACCAUCCCCACCUUUGACAACGUUUAAUACGCAAGGAAACCAGCAAAUUCCAGUUGCUCCACCAUUCCCAAACAAUAAUAUUAGUAAUGUAGGGCCUGGUAUGCUACCUCCACCAACAGCAGGAAUGCCUGCUCCACCUCCACCUUCGUUCCUUACAAAUGCGACAUCAAACGCUGCAGCUCCUCCACCACCGCCGCCAGCACCAGCAAUACCAAUUGCAUCAACAACCGAAGGUGCUGGUGGAUCUUCAAUUAAUGAAGCCACAGGUGAUCCAGGUAGGGAUGCAUUAUUAGCCUCUAUUAGAGGAGCCGGUGGUAUCAAUGCAUUGAAAAAAGUAGAUAAAUCUCAAUUAGAUAAACCGUCUGUCUUAUUACAAGAAGCUAAAGGUGAGACACCAAGUAUGAAUAAUAAUGGUGCUGCUCCUGGCGGUCCACCAGGCGGACCAUCAGGUGGUGGGGCUGGUGGAUCAUUAGCUGAUGCAUUGGCUGCUGCGUUAAAUAAGAGGAAGAAUAAGAUUGGUGGUGCGGAUGAUGAUCACGGCGAUGAUUGGUAA